GGGAGGAGGAGCGGCGGCAGCGACAGCACGAGGCGAGUGAGGAGAGACGAUGCUGUAGCGUCCGCACCGGCUCCCGGCAGGGAAAUGGUCCAGGAGUGCCGGCUGUGAGCUUCCCCUCUCGUCAAGCCUGAGACUGCGGUUGUCAUUGAUCAACUGAAGAAGCAGGACCCGAAAUUACAGACAUUAGCAAUGAUGUGUGAAGUGAUGCCCACGAUUAAUGAGGACACCCCAAUGAGCCAAAGGGGGUCCCAAAGCAGUGGCUCAGACUCAGACUCCCAUUUUGAGCAGCUGAUGGUGAAUAUGCUAGAUGAAAGGGACCGUCUUCUAGACACCCUUCGGGAGACCCAAGAAAGCCUCUCACUUGCCCAGCAAAGACUGCAGGAUGUCAUCUAUGACAGAGAUUCGCUCCAGAGACAGCUCAAUUCAGCCCUGCCACAGGAUAUCGAAUCCCUAACAGGAGGGCUGACUGGUUCUAAGGGGGCUGAUCCACCGGAAUUUGCUGCACUGACAAAAGAACUCAAUGCUUGUAGGGAACAACUUCUAGAAAAGGAAGAAGAAAUUUCUGAACUGAAAGCUGAAAGAAACAACACAAGACUGUUACUGGAGCACUUGGAAUGCCUGGUGUCACGACACGAAAGGUCGCUAAGAAUGACGGUGGUAAAACGGCAAGCCCAGUCCCCCUCGGGAGUGUCCAGUGAAGUCGAGGUUCUCAAGGCACUGAAAUCUUUGUUUGAGCACCACAAGGCCUUGGAUGAAAAGGUAAGGGAGCGACUGAGGGUUUCUUUAGAAAGAGUCUCUGCACUGGAAGAAGAACUAGCUGCUGCUAAUCAGGAGAUUGUUGCCUUGCGUGAACAAAAUGUUCAUAUACAAAGAAAAAUGGCAUCAAGUGAGGGGUCCACAGAAUCAGAACACCUUGAAGGGAUGGAACCUGGUCAGAAAGUCCAUGAAAAGCGUUUGUCCAACGGUUCUAUAGACUCAACUGAUGAAACUAGCCAAAUAGUCGAACUACAAGAAUUGCUUGAAAAGCAAAACUAUGAAAUGGCUCAAAUGAAGGAACGUUUAGCAGCACUCUCUUCCCGAGUGGGAGAGGUGGAACAGGAAGCAGAGACAGCAAGAAAGGAUCUCAUUAAAACAGAAGAAAUGAACACUAAAUAUCAAAGGGACAUUAGGGAGGCCAUGGCACAGAAGGAAGAUAUGGAAGAAAGAAUCACAACCCUUGAGAAACGUUACCUCAGUGCUCAGAGAGAAUCUACCUCCAUACAUGACAUGAAUGAUAAAUUAGAAAAUGAGUUAGCAAAUAAAGAGGCCAUCCUACGGCAGAUGGAAGAGAAGAACAGGCAGUUACAAGAGCGUCUUGAGCUGGCUGAGCAAAAGUUGCAGCAGACUAUGAGGAAAGCUGAGACCUUACCUGAAGUAGAGGCUGAACUGGCUCAGAGAAUUGCAGCUCUGACAAAGGCUGAAGAGAGACAUGGAAACAUUGAAGAACGCAUGAGACAUCUAGAAGGUCAACUUGAAGAGAAAAAUCAAGAACUUCAAAGAGCUAGGCAAAGAGAGAAAAUGAAUGAGGAGCACAACAAAAGAUUAUCUGAUACGGUGGACAGACUUCUGACUGAAUCUAAUGAACGCUUACAACUACAUUUAAAGGAAAGAAUGGCUGCCCUAGAGGAGAAGAAUGUUUUAAUUCAAGAAUCAGAAACUUUCAGAAAGAAUCUGGAAGAAUCUUUACAUGACAAGGAAAGAUUAGCAGAAGAAAUUGAAAAGCUGAGAUCUGAACUUGACCAAUUGAAAAUGAGAACUGGCUCUUUAAUUGAACCCACAAUAUCAAGAACUCAUCUAGACACCUCAGCUGAGUUGCGGUAUUCUGUUGGAUCCCUAGUGGACAGCCAGACUGAUUACAGAACAACUAAAGUAAUAAGAAGACCCAGGAGAGGCCGCAUGGGUGUACGACGAGAUGAGCCAAAGGUGAAAUCUCUUGGGGAUCAUGAGUGGAAUAGAACUCAGCAAAUUGGAGUGCUAAGCAGCCACCCUUUUGAAAGUGACACUGAAAUGUCUGAUAUUGAUGAUGAUGACCGAGAAACUAUUUUUAGCUCAAUGGAUCUUCUCUCGCCAAGUGGUCAUUCUGAUGCCCAGACUCUAGCCAUGAUGCUUCAAGAACAGUUGGAUGCCAUCAACAAAGAAAUCAGGCUAAUUCAGGAAGAAAAAGAAUCUACAGAGUUACGUGCUGAAGAAAUUGAGAAUAGGGUGGCUAGUGUGAGCCUGGAAGGCCUGAAUUUAGCAAGGGUCCACCCAGGUACCUCUAUCACUGCCUCGGUUACAGCUUCUUCGCUGGCCAGUUCAUCUCCCCCCAGUGGACACUCAACGCCAAAGCUCACCCCGCGAAGCCCUGCCAGGGAAAUGGAUCGGAUGGGAGUCAUGACACUGCCAAGUGAUCUAAGGAAACAUCGGAGAAAGAUUGCAGUGGUGGAAGAAGAUGGUCGGGAGGAUAAAGCAACUAUAAAAUGUGAAACUUCUCCUCCCCCUACCCCUAGAGCCAUCAGGAUGACUCACACCCUUCCCUCCUCCUACCACAAUGAUGCCCGAAGUAGUUUAUCUGCCUCCCUUGAGCCAGAAAGCCUUGGGCUUGGCAGUUCCAAUAGCAGCCAAGACUCUCUUCACAAAGCCCCCAAGAAGAAAGGAAUCAAGUCUUCAAUAGGACGUCUGUUUGGUAAAAAGGAAAAAGCCCGACUUGGGCAGCUCCGAGGCUUUAUGGAGACUGAAGCUGCUGCUCAGGAGUCCCUGGGGUUAGGCAAACUUGGAACUCAAGCUGAGAAGGAUAGAAGACUGAAGAAAAAGCAUGAACUUCUAGAAGAAGCUCGGAGGAAGGGAUUACCUUUUGCUCAGUGGGAUGGGCCCACUGUCGUUGCAUGGCUGGAGCUCUGGUUGGGAAUGCCCGCUUGGUAUGUAGCAGCCUGCCGAGCCAACGUGAAAAGUGGUGCCAUCAUGUCUGCUUUAUCAGACACUGAGAUCCAGAGAGAAAUUGGAAUCAGCAAUCCCCUGCAUCGCUUAAAGCUGCGAUUAGCAAUCCAGGAGAUGGUUUCCCUAACGAGUCCUUCAGCUCCUCCGACAUCCCGAACUCCUUCAGGCAACGUUUGGGUGACCCAUGAAGAAAUGGAAAAUCUUGCUGCUCCAGCGAAAACGAAAGAAUCUGAGGAAGGAAGCUGGGCCCAGUGUCCGGUUUUUCUACAGACUCUGGCAUAUGGAGAUAUGAACCACGAGUGGAUUGGAAACGAAUGGCUUCCCAGCCUGGGGUUACCUCAAUACAGAAGUUAUUUUAUGGAAUGCUUGGUAGAUGCAAGAAUGUUAGAUCACCUAACAAAAAAAGAUCUCCGUGUCCAUUUAAAAAUGGUGGAUAGUUUCCAUCGAACAAGUUUACAAUAUGGAAUUAUGUGUUUAAAGAGGUUAAAUUAUGACAGAAAAGAACUAGAAAGAAGACGAGAAGCAAGCCAACAUGAAAUAAAGGAUGUGUUGGUGUGGAGCAACGAUCGAGUGAUUCGCUGGAUACAAGCAAUUGGACUUCGAGAAUAUGCAAAUAAUAUUCUUGAGAGUGGUGUGCACGGCUCACUAAUAGCCUUGGAUGAGAACUUUGACUACAGCAGCUUAGCUUUGUUACUACAGAUUCCAACACAGAACACCCAGGCAAGGCAGAUUCUUGAAAGGGAAUACAAUAACCUCCUGGCUCUGGGAACUGAACGGCGGCUGGAUGAAAGUGAUGAUAAGAAUUUCAGGCGUGGGUCAACAUGGAGAAGACAGUUUCCUCCCCGUGAAGUACACGGAAUCAGCAUGAUGCCUGGGUCCUCAGAAACGUUACCAGCUGGAUUUAGGUUAACCACAACAUCUGGGCAGUCGAGGAAAAUGACAACGGAUGUUGCCUCAUCAAGACUGCAGAGGUUAGACAACUCCACUGUUCGCACAUACUCAUGUUGACAAGCCACUCAAAGGAGGCAGCACUGACUUGCUAUGUCGUCUUUUCAGCCUACUCUACCUAAAGUGCACUACCAUCUAUGAAGACAAACAGUAAAAACCUUUGUGAAGACUGAAUUCUAAGGAAACAACCACCAGUGGUUUAUUAUGCUGAAAAUGUGAUUUUGGGGGAGUCAGAUAUUAAGUUUGAUUAGUUUACUACAAUUGUAAGAAAAUGCUUAAGUCAUUUGAAUAAUAAGCAUCAUCCACGUCAUAAAUUCUGUACAACAGAUGCUUUUAUGAAAUGGAGCCACUUGUUUUUUCAUGUUUUAUUGUAAAAUACUAGGCAUUUAUGUAUUACUGUGUAUGUAUUUCUUUUUAAAUGUGUAAGUCUUAUGUAAAUGGAUAUAAAUAUGAUUUUUAAAAAAAUAAAAUAUAUGGUUCAUGGAGUCUCGAGUGCAAACAUUUGACAAUUCCAAGUACUGUUUGUAUUUUACCAUUCCACCAUUUUUACAGUUUCUGAAUUGUAACAGUCAAAUCGAUAUGUUUCUCCUUCAAGUCUGUCAAUACUUAAAGCUGAAAACCUGCCUCUGAUCAUGUAAAAAGGAAUGAUUUAACCUGGAACUGGAGCCAAAAAUAGUCCUUUAAAGGCAAUCAGGGAUGUCCUAUAUCUUUAGAAAUAGCACUGUGAUGGCUCGAUCUCCUUUUCAACACAAAACAAAGCUAAACUGUUUACAAGAGUCAAGAGCAAAUAUUAAAAAAAAUAAUUUAUAAGGAAUAAACAGCAUCUUCUCUUGUUAUCUGUGGACCAAGAAAAAAGAGAAAAAAAAAAAAACUUCUUUACUAAGAACCACAUGUUCAUCAGAUAUCUCGAACCGCCAGCCGGCACUGUUCAGUGAAUGUCAACCACUGCAGAGUCCGAGGCUCAUUUCCAUUGAAAAAAAACAAAAACCCAGAAACCUUUCCCUUUUGUCAAUGUAACAGGGCAUUAGCCAGACUCAUGUCUAAUGUUAUAAGCUUCUAGCCAAGAUGGCCUUGUUGCGACUUCCCUGAAGUCAGUCUUAUCAGAGGAAAUAAAUGAAAGACAGAAUGAUUAACAUAUAUAGUGUAUAAAAGUAUAGAAGAGUAAUCUCUUCCCUGUGGCUUUAUUUGGUGGUGUUACUGUUGUUUAUUCUUUGUUUAUACGGGAGAUUUCAAAGUAAAACCUAUUUAAUAAUACCAUUUAUCUAACUGCUGAUUUUCUGCUGCUUGAUCUUAUGAAGCGCAAGACCUGUCAUUAGUAAUUUCCUUUUUGUAUUUAAUUUGCUGUUUGCACGUACAUUACAUUUGUUUUGAUGUCUAUUUUUGUUUAACAGAUUCAGUCAAAAGGUAAUGGUAACAGAAACCCUCUC